GAGCGAGCGGGCGCGCGGAGGCGCCGGAAGCGGAAGUUAGUAAGGGGAGGGGUAGUUGUUGGGAAAGUCUCAGAUUGUUUCCGCGCUUUGCCGCGAAGUUUUGUAGGUUUGUGGGUUUGCAGCGCGGUUACUGGAGCAGGUGAAAGCGGGAGUGCCAGACCUCGCCAACCCUGCUGACCCGGCUCCCAGCACCGAACCCUCGUCCGAGGAGUGUGGUACCCCGGGGCUCUGGAACCCUUUCUGGCCCGGUGCCUUCCCUGGAGUGAGACCCCCCCCCUCGGCUUCUCCGGUGCUCCUUCAGACCCCCGCAAUGGGCAACACGAGCAGCGAGCGCGCCGCGCUGGAACGACAGUGCGGCCAUAAGACGCCCCGGAGGGACAGCUCGGGGGGCGCCAAGGACGGGGACAGGCCCAAGAUCCUGAUGGACAGCCCCGAGGACGCCGACCUCUUCCAUUCCGAGGAAAUUAAGGUCCCAGAAAAGGAGGAAUUCCUGGCCUGGAAGCAUGAUCUGGAAGUGAACGAUAAAGCUCCCACCCAGGCUAGGCCAACUGUAUUUCGAUGGACAGGGGGAGGAAAGGAAGUUUACUUAUCUGGAUCCUUCAACAACUGGAGCAAACUUCCCCUCACAAGAAGCCACAAUAACUUUGUCGCCAUCCUGGACCUGCCUGAAGGAGAGCAUCAGUACAAGUUCUUUGUGGAUGGUCAGUGGACACAUGACCCUUCCGAGCCAAUAGUAACCAGCCAACUUGGUACAGUUAACAACAUCAUCCAAGUGAAGAAAACUGACUUUGAAGUCUUUGAUGCUUUAAUGGUGGAUUCCCAAAAGUGCUCCGAUGUGUCUGAGCUGUCCAGUUCACCACCAGGACCCUACCAUCAGGAGCCCUACAUCUCCAAACCAGAAGAGCGGUUUAAAGCGCCACCCAUUCUCCCGCCACAUCUGCUCCAGGUCAUCCUGAACAAGGACACGGGGAUUUCCUGCGAUCCUGCUUUGCUCCCGGAGCCCAAUCAUGUCAUGUUGAACCAUCUGUAUGCACUUUCUAUCAAGGAUGGAGUGAUGGUGCUGAGUGCAACUCACCGGUACAAGAAAAAGUAUGUCACCACCUUGCUCUACAAGCCCAUAUGAAGAGCUGGGCACUGACAGUGGGCCCCAGGAUCCUUGUGUGUUCUACACUAGCAGGAUUGGAUUGUACACUUCUCAUUUCACAUUCUCUAUAAGACAUUUCAUACCUGCCCUAGGUCCUAAAGAGCCUCAGUCUGUAACAGUCCUCGUAUCACUGGCUAUGAGCCUGGGGGUCAUCAGGGUGGAGGAAGGGAACAGGAGAAUGUGUAGCCCCUGCACUACACUGCGCUGGGACAUCAUCAUUCUAAAUUUAUAUCCUCUAAACUGGUCGUGGAGACUUUUCUUAAACCAAAAACAUAUGCUAGCUAUGUUGCUAGUAAAAAUCAAGGAAGCAGGGGCCAAGGCAAUACAAGUUUCUAAUUGUGUGUACACUUUUAAGGCCAAUCACUUGUCCCUUUUGAGGCCCAGCUGUGGGGUUUCAGUAAAUUAGUGUUGGUCUUAUAUGACCUUUGCAAUCAAAAGCAAUAAAUUAUCUCUCAUUCUCUAUUCCAGGGAGAUGAAAUUUCUAUAGAAAUUAGAACCUACCUAAUUUCCAAAGUUUUGUUCCUUACUCUGUGCACACUGUAAGGCAAUUUUUAAAUCACCACGACUAGAAUAUAGAUCAUGUGAAAAAAUGUGCUUAGCAGUAAUAUGUUCUCAGAGCAGACUGUUUAAACUGCUGCUGGAUUUUUCCAUUAAGUUGGAUGAUCCUGAGGACUGACCAUUAGCUGGAAGGUUCUCCAGCCUUUUUAUUCCAAUCAUAAUGAGGUGACAGUAUUACUAGGCAAACUUCAGAGAAGCCUCACCCCACCCCCCCAUCUUACUUUUCUAUGUCACCUUGCCCAAGACCUCUACUCCUAGUUAGCAAAGAAGGCUGUGGCAUUUGCUGUUCCUCAUUCUGAAAGGAAUUCAGAACUUGACAGCACCCUUCUCCAGUGAUGUCUUUUGGGCCAAAACAGAAAACUGGGUAUCUUUACCUUGGCUCCGUUCCCACGGAGAUUCCUGCUCCUGUUGCCGAGUUAGGAGAUGCAGUGUUAUCCCCUGCCUGCAUGAGUGAGCAGUGAGGUCUCUGGUUUCCACAAUUGAUUUGGUAAUCCUGAAUUUGGGGUACCCUUUGUUUAUUGUUUCAAAAUACUGAAUUACUGUCACCUUGUCAUACAGGUUUCAAUAAAGCUUUGAUUUUAUUUAGUCACC